AUGCCACCCACAAUCCUCCCCCCAACCCCUACAACCCCCGCAGAAUCCUUCCCAGAUCCGUCCCGCGGCAUCGUUUCCUGGCACACCCUCAUCUCCUCCCCCCAAACCCCCUCCACAGACCUCUCCGCCGGAAUCGCCUCCUGCCCACCAGGCACAGGCCACCUCUGUCGCCACAGACACGCCCAGGCCGAAAUCUACCACAUCCUCGACGGCGAGGGCGAUCUCACCGUCGACGGCGUCACCAGCAGAGUCGUCAAGGGCUGUACGGUGUUUAUUCCGCGCGAUGCGGAGCAUGGUAUCGUUAAUACAGGAAAGGGGGAGUUGAGGUGGUUUUAUGUUUUCCCGACGGGAAGUUUCGGGGAUGUGGGGUUAGGGACUGAUUGGGGUGGGAUUGGGGUUGUGUAUCAGGAGGAUGUCUUUGGCUAG